GCAGGGGGACGAAAGCGACUGUCUGUACCCCUGUAGUUCACAUUAAAACUCACAAUCCCGCUCCUCCAGAACCGGGCUGUGGACUUCGGUGGUUCAGAUGCCAAAUAUUUGUAUAAGAUAGUGCAACUGCAUGGUUUUCUUCGCGGCGGUCGGGGAGAGCCGCCCCGGGCCGGCGAUCCGCAGCCGUCCCCUCGAAGAGCUGACGCAAAGCAGAUUUGCCCAGGAGGUCCUCCACCCCCCUCUCGCUGCGCGGUGGAAAUGCCUGCGGUGAUCCAGGAUAAAGAGGAUUCUGAUCUCUCCUCAGAAGAUGAGCAGGAGGACCAUCCCUGCAUCGCCUGGUCCGGCCUCAGCAGGAAGAUCCCCGUGCUGGUGUUCCAUGCGGAGACCGUCGUAUCGAAAGGCGGAGAGUUCCGGGACAUCGGAGAACGCUAUAACCUGGCCUUUAAGAUUGUUCGUACGGAGAGUCGACUGGUACGCAGCAUCCUCAGCAGUCACGGGUUCCACGAGGUUCACCCAAACAGCAAUGACUUUAACCUCAUGUGGACUGGGAUUCACCUCAAGCCUUACCUCCUCAGGGGCCUUCAGGAUUUCCAGAAGGUGAACCACUUCCCCAGGUCCUACGAGCUGACACGCAAAGACCGCCUUUACAAGAACAUCCAGCGCAUGCAGCAGGUGCACGGGUUCAAGCGCUUCCACAUCAUCCCGCAGAGCUUCAUCCUGCCUUCCGAGUACCAGGAAUUCUGCAGCUCCUGCGCCAAGGACAAGGGCCCGUGGAUAAUAAAGCCGGUGGCGUCCUCCCGUGGGCGAGGGAUCUAUCUGGUCAGCAGCCCCAACCAGAUCCCGAUGGAUGAAAACAUCCUCGUGUCACGUUACAUCAACAAUCCUUUGCUGAUCGAUGACUUCAAGUUUGAUGUGCGGCUGUAUGUCUUGGUGACCUCCUAUGAACCGCUGAUUAUUUAUCUUUACGAAGAGGGACUGGCUCGGUUUGCCACUGUGAAGUAUGACCACGCCGCAAAGAACAUCAAGAACCAGUUCAUGCAUCUUACCAAUUACAGCGUGAAUAAGAAAAGCAGUGACUAUGUCAGCUGCGAUGACCCUGAGGUGGAGGAUUAUGGGAACAAGUGGAGCAUGAGCGCCAUGCUGCGGUACUUGAAGCAGGAAGGGAAGGACACGGCAUUGCUCAUGGGUCAGGUGGAAGACCUGGUGAUCAAGGCGGUGCUGAGCGCAGAGCAGCAGAUUGCCACUGCCUGCAAGAUGUACGUGCCCCACAGGAACAACUGCUUCGAGCUCUAUGGCUUUGAUGUCCUCAUUGACUCCAACCUGAAGCCCUGGCUCCUGGAAGUAAACCUCUCCCCGUCUUUGGCCUGUGAUGCGCCUCUGGACCUGAAGAUCAAAGCCAGCAUGAUUUCAGACAUGUUUUCUCUUGUGGGCUUUGUUUGCCAAGACCCGUUGCUGCGCCAGACCCGACCCGGCCGCUACGCGCUUGACCCGAGCUCAAGGUUCCAGACCUACAAACCCCAACGGCAGCGACCUGUGUCAGCCAGUGAUGUGGACCCCAGCGGAACAAAGGACAAGGUUGCGGGGAAAGACGGGGACAGCACCCUGGGCCUCACUGCAGAAGAGCUGAAGGUCCUGAGGAAAAUCAAGGAAGAGAACGAAAGACGAGGCGGCUUCAUCCGCAUAUUCCCCACUCCGGAGACCUGGGAGCUCUACAGUGGUUAUCUGGAGUAUAAAACGUCGAUGAACUGCAUGCUGGCUACCAGGCUCUUCCCAGAGAGGUCAGGGAAAUCAUCUGUGUCCUUGAAAUUGCGGAACGGGAGCAGUUCGAAUGGCUUCCAGGCUUUGCACCUGGCUCGGUAUGAACGGAAGCUGCCCUCCUUGGAAGCACGGAAGCGGAGGAGACUGCAGGCUGCCCAACGAUCAGCUGUCAGAAAGAAGAAAGGAGGCGGAAGACCCGAGACCUCCAUCACAGAGAUCACCAGUGAGGAGGACAGUGAGGAACUGGAAGAGGAAGAGGAGAAGAGUGGCUCUCUGCCCCUUUCCAUCAGGAGGAUGGCCCAAGUGAAUGCUUGCGCAGCAGCCCCCCACAAACAGGCCCCGCAAGAGAUCACCCCACGCAGAAGUCCCAGCCCCUCGCCACUCAAGCCUAGGGUCAACCUCCUCCAGAUGCUGCAGCAAGGCUGGAACCUUAGUAAAGUCCAGGCCCGCAUGGCUUUCUCCUCCUACCUCCACCGGGUUCAGAUGAGACUGCUGGCAGAGAGCAGGGGAAACGGCAGUUCAGCCUGGCCAGAGAGAGACGAUGACCAAAUGGAGCUGGUGGUCCGUUUCCUGAAGCGGGCAGCCAGCAAUCUCCAGCAGGACCUGCGCGUGGCGCUCCCCAGUCGGCGGCUGCCCCUUGCCGACCGUCGCCGCAUCCUGUCUCAUCAGCUUGGCGAGUUCAUCCAUUGCUACAACAAGGAGACGGAGCAGAUGGUUAAGAAGAUGGAACGGCUCGCAGAGGAGGAGCGCUGCGUCAACCCAGAUGUGUUCCAGGAGUUUGUCGAGGAAGCCAGCGAGAGUGAUCUCGAGGAAGUUCUCACAUUCUACACGCACAAAAACAAAUCGGCCAGCGUUUUCCUCGGGACGGGGUGCACUAACGCCAAAAGCGGGGUUGCCAGCAGCGGCAGAACUUCGCAGCGGACCGUGGAGGGCACAAGCCGGCAGGCUUCUGGAGAUGCGCAGCAGGCCAUGGGGGAGUGUAGCGCCUUGGAUCCCUCGCUGAGCACCAUCAGACCUGCUACCCCUGAGCUCCUUACAUUGUCCUCUCAGCAUUCCAUGGGAUACCCCACUGCCUUGGACUAUGCCCAUAUUCAGCUGCAGCACUGCCCGCUUCCAGGCCCACCCGGGCUCCAGCAAAGCGGCAAUGUCACUGCUUGCCUUGGUCCUGCCACCGUACCGGCCCCUCCAGCCCCCGAACCCCUUAGACCAGUGCACACUUGUUUCACGCCUCCUGCCUCCACAGCCGUCUCAUCUGUGCCCAGCGCUGUCCAGAUCUACAGCCAGAAGCUUUCCCGGCCCACCUCCUUUCGACAAGCACCCAGGAAAGCCAGCCUUGGAAAGGCUCGUCCUGGUUCAGCAGGUAUCUCCAAGGACCCAGACCCUGCUGUUGUCCCUCCCCUUAUCACGCCGCCGGUCAGCCCCAACCAGCAAGCUGUGGUUGCUGCUCUGCAGAGGCUGGCGGAGAAGCAGGCUACUCGCCAGUAUUCUGCCUCUAGCCACAUCAAUCUGCUGACGCAACAUCUUACAAACCUAAACCUGGCCAAUGGGGCCUUUGUUAGAGGAGGCUUCUCCCUGACCUCAGCUUUCCGUCACGGGACCACGAACGAAAGGCCCAUCCGGGCUGUCCUUUCCGAGAGCAGGCUCGCCAGCAGCACGAGGGUUCGGCCCGAGGACGACAGCCUUAGGGAUGGGGAGACCCGCGCCUCUUAUGGUCAGAUCAUGGGUCCAGCUCCUCCACAGCACCACCAGUUCGCAUCAGGCAGCUACCAGCUGCAGUUUGCCAUCCAGCAGCUACAGCAGCAGAAGGCACAGUCUCGGCAGCUGCUGGACCAGAGCCGAGCCCGGCACCAGGCCAUCCUGGCUAGCCAGAUGACUGUCCAAGCACCCUCGCAUAGCCCUGGCUCCGUGGCCCUGCCUCGGGGCCCACAGACCGGCGUCCCACCCCAGCAGAGCCAGACUCAAAGCCCAAGCGCUUUUGUCCUGGCUCCCAGGCCACCCAGGAGCAUCCGAGAUGGCCUCGUGAGGAAGACCUCCACACAGCGACUCAACAGACAGACUCCCCCCGAGACUCACGCCAAUGGAGUCGGACCCAGCACCCAGCACGUUGUCUACGAGGCCGUCUGUGCGAAAGCAGGUCUCUCCGUUUAUAGCAGGCUCUUCCAGAGUCCGACCUCUAGCAGGUGAGGGAUGGACUCCAGGCUCCACAGCCUGGUUCUAGUAGUCGGAGGGAAAUCUUCAGCCCACCCCUCGUCACCUUCUGGGAGCCUGAGAAGCAAGCUGGGAUUUAAUGCAGAGACAUCCCUGAAUAUACCUCACAUAGAAGAAUGGAUGUGCCAUUGCAGCUGACCAAAAGCACACGCACAGAUCUCAGUCUACUGCCUUGGCAAGGCGGAUGAUUUGUUAGGUAACGGAGUGCGUCUGCUGGGGCUUUGGUCCUUGGUGCAUUGUCUGCGCUUGAAUUCGAUAAACGAAAGGAGCAGCUGAUGAGCCGUAUGUCAUCGGUUUUGUUCACGUUCACCAGCACUUCCUCAACUUGCGGACUAGCGUGGUGAAAGAAGCCUGUGGACAUCCAGCCACAGAUGACUCAUGGGUAUGAGCGGUAACAAAAUGCUCUUGUAAGCUGCUCCACAGCCAGUGAGUGAACUUCAGUGUUGACAAAUGAAAUUGCACAUCAUGAGAUACUUCCGUGGGUUGACUUUCUCUCUUCAGGCCUCCAUAAGCAUCAUCAUACAGCAGUGGUAGUAACCACCCGGACAGCUCUUACGGGUAGAUCAUUAGGGUGAAGAACAAAAUAACCUGAUUGUGUCACAUUUUCAGGGAUCUCUCUGGGCACAUGUAGGGACCCAGUUCUUGUUUUGUCUCAAUGCCAGCAGUUGCCUAUUUAUUCAUUUCUGUUACAACAUUUACGUUUCUAAAUUCCUGUGCUUAAAGAACAUGUUAUUAGACAAGAUGCAUAGUAAAGCUGCUGCCUUUACAGAAUGUAAUUUUUUGCACUCUCCUGAUGGUCUUGAACUCUUUGAAGAUUUCGGUUAGCAGUUGCGUGUUGUGUGUGUCUCGACCUAUGCAAAGGAUUCUUUUUGGCAUUUUCCAGAUGCAGCCGAGCCCUUUUAUUGGUGCAUGUCCAGAGAAUGAGAAUGAAAGGGUCCCCAUUUGCCUUCGUUGAGACUUUAUCUGGGUGGUCAACAGCCUCUACAGAAAUGUCAGAAAUUAGUGGUCAUUCCUAUAUGAAAUAUUUUUAUAGAAAGUUUUAAAGCUGGUUUUGAAAUAUAACAAAUUUUUAAAUGUAUUUAGUUUUGCUUUUUUGACUUAUUUAAAAGCCUUGGAGCACAUUUGGUUGCUUAACCGAAAAGUAGAGUCUGUCGUUUUUGUUUCUUUUUAAAGUUUUAAAUGUCUUCUACAAAACGUCUCACAGUCCCGUAUAAGAAAAGCGGGACGGGAGGCACGGAUCAGCCACACGCAUGGUGCCGAGAUCGCAUCUUGAUGCGCAGAAGGGUUUACGCGUGUACUCUUUGUUUGUUCUCAACGUUUUGUGUAACGGAUUUAAGGUUGUGGAGAAACACACCUUGAAUAAAAAUAGAAACACGAGGAAUUGUAACUUGAAGACUGGCUGUAAGAAAUAGUCGAUGCCUUUUUAAACCAACUGCUCUAACCUGAAGUACUGUUUGUGGAGGUAAUGCACAAGUUGAAAAUAUUUGCUCUAUUUAUUAUCUAUUGCUAGAUUAUCGUCCAUCCAACUCUCGAGCUUUUACAGGGAUCGGUAGCCCUGGAUCACGGUCUCUUCACUCUUUCUUACUGGCUUACAGAAAAAGGAAUAUAUCCUGCUGAGAAACUAUCAUUGUUCUAAUAGUCCAUGAGUUGUUACAGUGUCAAACAGUGAUGUGUGAACCCAUGUGUAUUUACCUCCUGAUACAUUCGAUUGGGGGGGGGGAAAAAAACCCAAUAGUGCAGUUUCCGUAUCUUUUUGACAUCCUGAUUUGGAGGAUAAUGCUGAGGACUCAUUUUCUCGCUGUCGACUGUUGCCUUGCUUUGAAUAGUAACAGCUGUGUUUCAACAACAUGCAAUAAAAUGUAUUCAAAUCCCAUUAACUUUCACACCUUGUUAUUUUUACUUUAAAUCGUUUUAAGAUGUAUUUUACAGUCUUCGGCCUUAAAUAG